CUGGUGCAGUAUUUAGCGCCUCUCUUCCUCACUCGUCUCCUCUCAACACACACAAAAGUGAAAUUCGCUCUCGGAAAUUUAUUAAUUUUUCGAAAAAUUUGAGUGAUAAUGGCCACCUCUGCCCACGCACGGAAGAAAGUCUGCUACUACUACGACAGCGACAUUGGGAACUACUAUUAUGGUCAAGGGCAUCCCAUGAAGCCGCACAGGAUACGUAUGACCCACAAUCUUCUCCUCAACUAUGGAUUGUACCGGAAGAUGGAAAUUUAUAGGCCGCAUAAGGCUACUGCUGAAGAGAUGACAAAGUUCCACAGCGACGACUACAUCCGGUUUCUGCGAAGCAUUCGGCCUGAUAAUAUGACUGAGUAUAACAAGCAAAUGCAACGAUUCAAUGUGGGUGAAGAUUGUCCAGUCUUUGACGGUCUAUACGAGUUUUGCCAGUUAUCUGCCGGAGGCUCUGUCGCAGGAGCUGUCAAGCUUAACAAGGAGGCAACUGAUAUUGCGAUCAACUGGGCAGGAGGUUUGCAUCACGCCAAAAAGUCUGAAGCAUCUGGGUUUUGCUAUGUUAAUGAUAUUGUGUUGGCUAUUCUUGAGCUACUCAAAUAUCAUCAGCGAGUUUUGUACAUUGACAUUGAUAUUCAUCACGGAGAUGGUGUUGAGGAAGCAUUCUACACUACUGACCGAGUGAUGACAUGCUCUUUUCACAAGUACGGAGAGUACUUUCCAGGGACAGGAGACUUGAGGGAUAUUGGAGCAGGCAAAGGAAAGUAUUAUGCCGUCAAUUUUCCUCUUCGAGAUGGAAUUGAUGAUGACUCGUACGAAUCUAUUUUCGUCCCCAUCAUGACCAAGGUUAUGGAAACCUAUCAGCCUGGAGCAGUGGUUUUGCAAUGUGGAGCGGAUUCUUUAACUGGAGACAGACUUGGGUGCUUCAAUCUCACAUUGAAAGGUCACUCCAAAUGUGUCGAGUUCGUCAAAAAGUACCAUCUUCCCUUACUCAUCCUUGGGGGUGGUGGAUACACCAUACGAAAUGUAGCCCGUUGUUGGACUCUGGAAACUGCUGUUGCUCUUGGGACUGACAUUGCAAAUGAACUUCCCUACAAUGAUUAUUUCGAGUAUUUUGGACCUGAUUUCAAACUUCACAUUAGCCCAUCCAACAUGGCGAACCAAAAUACACCAGAGUACCUGGACAAAAUCAAAACUCGAUUAUUUGAAAACUUGAGGAUGCUCCCAUGCGCUCCUGGAGUACAAAUGCAUGCUAUCCCUGAGGACGCCAUCAACACAGAAGACAUUGACGAGGACUCGAAAGUAAAUCCUGAUGAACGAGUCUCCAUCCGUGCGUCAGAUAAGCGAGUAGCUAAUGAAAAUGAGCUCAGUGACUCGGAAGAUGAGGGAGAAGGCCGAAAAGAUCAACGGUCUUACAAACGCAAACGUUUGAAGCAGGACGAAAAAAAUGAAAACGCGAAUGGAGCACCUGAAUCAAAAUCCUCGGAUAUCAAGGCUUCUGCUGAAACUGGUAAAGUUGUAAAAGAUGAGGUUAGCGCCGUUAAGGCUGACAGUGACGAAGUUAUGACAAAGGCUGAGGAAAAUGGAUCUAAAAGUCCUGCACGUCCUCCAAAAUCGGACAGCGCUCCUCCAGUAAAGUCUCCUGUGGAGGCAGAUACUCCGAUGGAAACUGAAGAUAUCACUGAUGGGAAAGACGAGAAAGAGAAACCAUCAGCCACUGAUCCACCCAAAACAGUAGCAACAUAAUAAGUAAUAAUAAUAACUCUUACCUUGAUAGUGUUAUGUCCAUUCCACCCAAGCUAUUUUGCUGAAUGAAGCGGUUUUUAUACGUUUUUGUUAGAUUAUGCUCAUCUCAUAUUAAUCAGAAAUUUAAUUGACUUUGAAAAUUCAUGUUCAUCAAAAUUAUUUUGAUCUUCUGGAAUUAACUAUGAAAUAUGUAAUGUCCGGAAUGAGCUGGUUGAUGAAAAACUUUCCCCUUGGAAUGCGUAGAAUUGUUUUAUAAAAUUCGAUGAUUUCUUGUCAUCCAUUUUACCUUGUUAACAAAUACAUGAGUAACUAAACUUAUUAAACCUGUGGUUGAUGGAUUUUACUAGUAUUGUUAAUGUAUUCUAUAAAUUCUUACUAUCUACUACCAAUACACAUAUUAAUGAAAUAAAUCGUAAAUGAGAUUUA